AUGAGCAUCAUCGAAGGGUUUCUAGAAGAGAGAUAUUUUUAUGAUGGAGAGCUGUACGCAACACGGGUGAAGAAAUAUGAGAAAGUUGUUUGUAGGACGUGCCGGAAACCGAUAUUGGGUGACGCUUUUAAUUACAUUGGUAGAGGCAUGUACUUUCACAUAUCAUGCCUCAAUGUACCCACAAAUCACAAAGCCCCUUUGUUACACUUCAGCUGGUACACAAGGCAUGGUCCCUUCAUCUUCACAGAAGAAGUGAAAAAUGAUGGCAAGGAGGACGUUAACCUUGUUUGCUUCGGCUGUGAGAAGCCAGUAUCUGGUGCCGGAUACAAAUGCUCCACCUCCCAUUGCAAUUUACUCCUCCAUAAAUCAUGCCUUGAGCUGCCUCUCCAAAUACAACAACACCCCUUCCACCACCCAAACCACACCCUUUCUCUUGUGAAGCCAAAGGAUGAAUAUUGUAAUGCUUGCGGUAAAAGCUGCAAUGCAUACCCCUUCUACCAUUGCAAUGAGUGCGAUUUCAACCUUGAUAUCGCAUGUGCUACCCACUCACGAAUUAAUAUUGAAGACUGCCAACAUUCUUUCAUCUCUUUCUUUAACCAAAUCCAAUUCACUUGCCAAGCUUGUGGUGAGGAAAGCAAGGAGUUGGCCGUCCAUUGUACCAUCUGUCAAGUUUUGAUUCACAUCAAAUGUGCUCGAUUUUCAAAAAUCAUCAAAAUUACAUUUCAUGAUCACUCACUCACUCUCACCUACUCUCUUCGUCAAGUCAAAGAGCACAACAGUAUAUUUUGUAAUCUCUGCUAUCAAAAGGUGAAGACAGAGUAUGCAGCCUAUUAUUGUCAAAAAUGCAGUUAUGUGGUCCACUUGGCCUGUGCAUUUAAAUGUAAAAAAGCUGAACAUUUUACGUGGCUGCCUGAAGAAUCUGUUGAUUUAGCAACGACUGUUAAGGAGGUUGAAGGGGUUCAGGAGAUGCGACAUUUUAGCCAUCAACAUGAUUUAAUUCUUAGCAACGAGGAGCUCACGAAGGAUGAGCUAUGUGAUGGUUGUAUGGAAUUAAUCUCCACCCCAUUUCACAGUUGUACACAAUGUAAUUUCUUUCUCCACGGUAGAUGUGCUCAACUACCAAGAAAAAAGCGACACCUACUUCACCAACACCAGCUCACCCUCUCACAUGGACCCUCCCUUGGUAAUUUGUUCUGUUGUGAUGCUUGUGAACGUCUCAAUGGUGGAUUCACCUAUAGAUGUGAUGCGUGUCAUUUCGACCUUGACCUUCAAUGUUGUUCAAUUCCAGAAACUCUGAGACACAAAGGUCACGAACACUCCCUCUUCCUUGCUGUUAAUUCUAAUAGAAGAUGUCAUGUCUGUAAUUUCACUUCUAACGAGAAACCUGGCAUAUUUGUAUGCACUAAUUGCGAUUUUGCCUUGGGUUUCGAAUGUGCAACUCUUCCGCUCGUAGCUAGUCACAAAGAUGACGAUCAUAUCCUCAAGCUCACUUACAGUGCUGAAGCUCAUUAUAAAGAAUACUAUUGUCUAAUUUGCGAAAAAGGAAGAGAUCCCAAACAAUGGUUCUAUUAUUGUGCUGAAUGCGACUUCCCUGCUCAUUCCCAAUGCGUUUUAGGGAAAUAUUCAUACAUUAAGUUUGGAAAUACUUUCACAUCCAACUAUCACAGCCAACACCCUCUCACUUUUGUUCCAAAGACUGAAUGCUCUCCUCCAUGUGAUGUUUGUGGUAAAACUUUCGAUGGCUUGGCCCUAGAAUGCCCUCAAUGCAAAUUCAAUGUCCACAUGGACUAUGAAUGUUUAUGGAAAGUAUAUACGUCAUCUUGAAGUGAAGAAUCAACACUCAAUAGGGAAGGAAGGCAUAUCAUAAUUUACAAGAUAGUUCAUGUGUUGGAUUUAUCAUGGGUGUUCAAAGAAUGUACUUCAUGGCGACAUAACUGCCAACAUCAUGGUGUUAGACUCAUCCCAAGGCACGAAGACUUUGGAGUUUAUUAGUUAUC